GUUGCCAAUCGCGAGAGGAGCUGUGUCGCUGCUCCCGCCUGCGGCCGCAUCGAUGUCACGGAAGAUGGCGGCUGCUGUGUGCUGCUUGUGAGGCGGCUGCCUAGGAGACUGCGGCGGGAUCGGCAGCCCGCGGCCCUAUAAGCUAUGAGAGCUCCGGAGAUCACGCUGAUGACUAGGCCAGGGAGGAGGCCCCGGAGGACGCUGGGUGACAGCGGCGGGCGGCUGUGAGGAGUCACCGGUGAGAGUGUGUCUGUACCAGGCUCCUGGUCAAGGCUGGGGAGAAGGAGGACUCUGAGUGUCGGCGGCUGAGGGCUCCCGGUAGGUCGGACGAUGCGGCGGCUCCGUGUAAUCCCCCUGGGCCUCGGGCUCCUGGUCCUUCUCAUGCUGGGUCUAGUCCAAGCGGCUCCACUUCCUGAAACAGGUGCAGAAGUUGCAAGCGGUGAAGUUCUUUUGUUCCCGGUGCUGCUGUCUGUCUGCAGUUUCAUUGCUCUGGUUGUGCUGCUCGUGAGCUGUAUUUCAUGCUGCAAAGAGACUGAAAUAGAUUUCAAGGAAUUUGAAGAUCACUUUGAUGACGAAAUUGAGUUUACGCCUCCCUCUGAAGACACACCAUCAAACCAAUCUCCUGCAGACGUUUUUACCUUAACUGUCCCAACGGUCUCCUUGUCUGUUCCAACACAAUUGCAGUUGCCUCAAGAUGCAUCCAAGUUCCAGAUUGCCCGCCACAGUCUGAGCUACAUUCAGGAGAUCGGUAAAGGCUGGUUUGGCAAGGUUCUGCUGGGCGAGAUCUUCAGAGAAAACAGUGUAGCAAGAGUGAUUGUGAAGGAAUUAAGGGCAAGUGCCAGCUCUAAGGAGCAGGAACACUUCAUAAAGAAUGGACAACCAUAUAGCUACUUGCAUCAUCCUAACAUUGUGCAGUGUGUUGGGCAAUGCCUGGAGACCUUGCCCUAUCUCUUGGUAUUUGAGUUAUGUGACUUGGGUGACCUGAAGACCUAUUUGAGUAAUGAGAGGGAGAAGUUGAAUGGAGACACGGAGAUCAUGCUGCUCCAGCGUAUGGCAUGUGAGAUCGCUGCAGGACUUUCCGUAAUGCACAAACACAAUUUUGUACACUGUGAUCUGGCCUUGAGAAAUUGCUUUCUGACAACUGAUUUAACAGUGAAAAUAGGAGACUAUGGCAUAGGAUUCAGUAGGUAUAAGGAAGAUUACAUGGAGACCUCUGAUGAAAAGUUUAUCCCGGUUAGAUGGACAGCUCCGGAGUUAGUAACGAGCUACCAGGAUAGAGUAAUAGUUGCUGAUCAAACCCGUUCCAGCAAUAUUUGGUCUCUUGGAGUGACUCUCUGGGAACUUUUUGACAAUUCUGCCACUCCCUAUGCCGAUUUGUCGGACAGUGAAGUCUUAAAUUAUGUCAUAAAAGAAAAAGAAGUGAAACUUCCUUGUCCUCAGCUAGACCAGCCAUAUGCAGACAGAUGGUAUGAAGUUUUGCAAUUCUGUUGGCUACCUCCAGACAAACGACUGACUGCUGAAGAAGUUCAUAGACUACUGACAUACCUCCGAAUGCAAAGCCAAAGGGAGACUGAAGCGGACUUUGAACAACGCUGGAAUUCUCUAAAGCCAAAUUCUAGUAAUCGGCAACCUGCAGCAAAUAACCUGGCAUUCCCAAUCUUGGAAAACUUCAACAGUGAUGAUCUAUGCCGUGAACUGGAUGAAGUUCUUACUGUAACGGAAACUAGUCAGGGGCUCAGUUUUGAGUAUGUGUGGGAGGCAGCCAAAGAAGAUCAUUAUGAGAAGCACAGUCAAGCAGACUCUGAUUCUGCCGGGAACUAUAAUAGCAUAUUUUUCCCUGUGCCUGUAGACGUUUUUCAGAAAUCCAUUUCAGACAUUGGGCAAGAAGAUCAAGAUGGCAACGAAGAGGUCCCGGAAGUUGUACCAGUAUUUGAUGCACAUAACGUCUCUGUAGCUAAUGAAUAUUACAUUCAACUGGAGGAGCAAGGGGAAAGCAGAUUGGACUUUGAGAGCAACGACAAUCGAAAACGUAAAGGUGAAACUCUACAGUUCAUUGCUUUGAGUGAUCUUAAUUCAGCAGGAUCCAGGAAAAAUGAUCUCCGCCUAACCAGCUCCGCGCAGAAGGCUAUUCCGGAAUAUUUGCAUGUUUCAGGUCGCUCAGAUUUGCCAUUCCAUAAAAUCAUCAGUCGCAGUGACCGAUCAGAAAAUAUACCUCUGGAAGUCUCAAAUAGUGACUUGUCUAAACUGAAUGGUAGGCACACAGAUUACGAGUCCCCUCUGACUUUUCCAGAGCUUGAUUUCUUCAACAGAGAUGGAAGGCAUAUUUUUGACAUUGAUACUAUCCCCCAGGACAGUGUUUCAGAGUCAAACCUAGGGUUAACAGACUUCGAAGAACUUUCUAACAAUUUUCUGUACUUGCGAGAGAAAAACUUACUGUCAGAUAGUCCGGUGGAAAAAGACCAUAUAUUUGAUCAAGCUAAAUCAUUGCAAAGUAACCUUGGUUCCAAAAAUAUUUUUCAAAAUACGAAUAGCUUAGACAUUGAGCUUAUGUUGGCAGAACUUGAUACUUCCUUCAAAAAUAUCUCUGGUGCACAGGUGACGGCAGAGCAGGAAAGAAUGCAAAAAAUUAUCGAGGUGGCACAGUCAUCGUUGAUAGAAGAAGCAGAAUCUAUUGAGUAUGAUGAUUUACUCCAAAAUUUUCCCACAGACCCCAAAGUUUGUAGCAGUGAGCUUGAAGUUGUUAAUGAGGGUGACAAAAUGGACACGUUUGAAUCAAGAGUUCCAACUGCAGUGAGUGAGAGUUUGGAUCUGUAUAGAUCUUUUGGUCAUAAUGAUGAUGAGGAGCAGGUUUUUCCAAGACCUGGUGAUGGUCUUUCCACAAAUGAUACUGUUAAGCCACUACACCACAUAAAUGGAGAACUUGCUGUAAAUCCAGGUAUUAUAAAACCUGCUUCAUCAGACACAACCAGUCAAGACAGCCUACUAGAUGAUAGUACAUCAAACUGCACACAAUCCUUAGUACCUUCUAUAGGAACGCCAGACUCUCUAGACUCCUUAGAUGUUCAAAAUAUGUUAGAGACCGAGGAAUCGCACAAAUGUGUUCCAUCUGACAAACCUGCUGAUAGCGGCUAUGAGACGGAGAACCUGGAAUCACCUGAGUGGACCUCCCAUGUGACCGGUCCUUCAAACCAUUCUCCAAGCAAUCCUGAGGUAGUCUCUAUUACUGCUCCUGUCAUUAUAAUAUCAGAAGUUGGGCAAAAUAACAUUAAUGGGAACGAGGGGUAUUUGGAUAUUAAAACACAGAGACCUACAAAUGGAGGUUGCAACUCCUACCGGGACUCUGCUUAUUUUUCCGACAAUGAUUCGGAGCCAGAAAAGAAGCCCGACCUGUCUGACACGAUAGUCUCUGGAAUUGACAAUACAGUCCUUGAUCUGCAAUCCAAAGAGGGAGACAUAUUGGGAAAUACAGCUAGAAGUUCUGCAUCUAAAAGGGUGCUUGUUCCAGGAGAAUGGACUGGUCACCCGUCUUUGAAUAUAGAAAACUCUGAUCAAACGGUUCAUAUCCAAAAGCCCUCUUUUGAGGACAGCACGUCAGACAAUGAGGAGGAAAUUGUAAAUCCUUUUGGACCUUCUGAAGUGUUCUGUUCAAUUAAUACAAUCAAAGAUAUGCCAUUUUUGAGCCAUACUGAAGGACAAAAACUGAAAGAACCUGACAUGGAAGGGAAAUACCUAGGAAAGCUUGAUGCCUCUGGCCUGUUCGAUUUGUCCGAGGAUGGCAUAGAUGCUGAUGAAGAGGACGAAAACAGUGAUGAUUCAGAUGAUGACAUCAGAGCUUUUAAUCUACAUAGUUUUAGUUCAGACAGUGAUGACGAAACAAUCCAUCCAGUUCCUGUUGUUCACAUGGAUACAGAUGAUGGGAAGCACUUGAAAAGUUUAAUUAAGUUGCCCAGACUUGCAUCAAACAGACUUCCUGGGAAGAGCAGAAAGGCUGUGAGCUUUUUUGACGAUGUUACAAUCUACCUAUUUGAUCAGGAAACCCCAACCAAAGAGCUGGGUGUUCGAGCUGUGGACACCAGCAGCCAGAUGUCUGGUAGCAGCAAUCCCGCGUCUCCAUCUGCUCCAGGAUACCGCUUUACAAACUCUGAAAGCUCCACAGAUGAGGAAGGUGGCGGUUUUGAAUGGGAAGACGACUUUACAUCUCCUGAGCCUUCGUUUCUCAACAAUUCAGCAGCAAACCUCGUUGGUUCCAAACUCUCUCUCAAUCCUCUAAAAUAUUUUUCCCCUCCUCCACCCUCUCGGAGUCCUGAUGAGAACUGGACCCACACGCCAUCUUACUCAAGGUUCUCCAUCUCUCCAGCAAAUAUUGCAAGCUUCUCUCUCACACAUAUAACGGACUCUGAUAUAGAACAAGGGGGCAGCAGCGAGGAUGGGGAGAAAGACUGACUUUCUAUCUAUAGAACAACUGCUAAAACUACUGUUCCCCUUGUGGAGGCUACACAUGCAACAUUGUAACCUCCCAAGCAGAGGUCUCGUGACACACAAGCAUGAAACUGUGACGGAAGCGAAUUGUACAGACAGUCAUUGUGCAAUGUGCCCCGUCAUCUCCACUUCUACUGCCAUCACCCUGCUCUUUGUGUAUGUAAAGAUGUAUCCACAUCCAGCCCGUACAGUACAGGUCAUCUGUGUCCACCUUGUCAAAUAUAAUGGACCUUGUACAUACAGGUAUAUAUAUCUUUACAGUGUGUGCCCGCUCAUGUAAUGAUAAAUGAUAUUGUGUAUCCAAUGAUGUUUAAAAACACUAUGUAUUGCUCAUUAUUGCACUGUAAUGUUUCUUGCAUAUCUAUCUGUACAGAGAUUUUUAAUUCAGAGGAGAAAAAAAACAAAACUUGCUUGUCGUAAAUUUUAUCUGUGAUUGUGUCGACAUAUUUUUGUUUGCAUUGUAAAUGGUGUAUUACGCUGCUCCUGGGACUCGCACUCUCAGAAUCUGAUAUGCUGUACCAAUUUUUAUUUGUGAACGCGUUUUUGUUCUUUGUUUUCUUUUUUUUUGGUCUUUGAAAAAAGCAAUAUUCCAUUGUUAGUGUAAAGAUGUUUGGGAUCUCCUUUGCACGCCUGGUAUAAAUAUAUAUUGCGUGUUUAUCCGCCGACCAUUUGUAUAUUAAAUUGAAGUGGUAAGUCGACAAAUGGGUUGGAUGACUACAGGCCUGUUGGGCCCUAGCUUCUGCCAUGUGCUUCAGGAAUAGGGGAAUCAGUCCAGCAGGUUGAAUGCAAUGAUUUGUAGAGUCUGCACUCCUUCAUAGAGACUGCUGCACUAUUAUGCUGCCUGACCAUGAAGAACAGAACCUACGUUCCUAAUGCAUUAAAAACAGUUGGAGUUGGAUUUGUUAACUGCGGGGAUCUCUCGAUUAUCUGUACAUAAAUCUACUGGACAUUGUGGGAUAACACACCACAUGUACAUCCAUGUAUUUCCUUCAGUUUACUCUUACAAUGAUGCAAUUUAAUGAACUUGACUGACGCAUUCCUGGGAUUGAGAUGGUCCCAUAUCUGCUGCUAUAAGGGGUUUGUGAGCAAUGUAUGCAGUUACCAUUUCCAUGGCGUUUGUCCGGGAACCAGUUUUGUCUUUUCAGAAGGUUGGGUAUCUGUUGUUAGUGCAGGGCAUACUGCUGGUCUCAUUCAGUCUUUCUAUUUGCAAUGUAAAUUGGUGAAUGUAUUGGUUAGAUUUGGUGUGCUUUUAUUAUUUUUGUAUUGCUCUGUUCCCCAGUCUUAAUAUAGUUUCUGAAUGUGUUUGUUAUGGAUCAAUCUUGGUGUCAUUCAGCAGAUGUUGCUCAGAAUUCUUGCUUACUUAAAUGUAUGUAGUAGAGGUGUAUAUCCCAGGCCAUGUACAAGAAUUUCAGGGAGUGCAGAAUUAUUUUGAUUGAAUGCAGUUAGCGCAGUGAUAGUCAUUUGUCACUCAAGGAACCCACACCUUUACCUUUAUAGAAAACCACCAGCGUGCUGUGUGCUCCUAGCCCAAACAGGCUAACGUGUGGCCAACUGGACAAGCUGAGGAGAUGAUUUAGCCUCCUAUGGACUGCAUCAAUGCACUGCACUCUGUCACCACUCAACAUAAACUGUAAAUAUACUGCACUCGCCACACUAGGAAGUGGAGCUUGGUCUGAAGAGCUGCUUGGACUGCGAAGGCGGUCCAAGGGUGAUGGCCACCCUUGGACUGCCUCAAAAACAAAAGGAAUAAAAUAAAGGAUCCUUCUGAUAUUAUAAAGCGUGCUAAUGCAGUUUUACAGAUGUAUUCAUAAGUAUCUAUAGUUCAUGUUAUGAUCUGACAUAAGGCAUUCUGGUGCAUGCACAUUGCCAGGGUGUCUCUUACCACACCAAAUUGGCACGUUUGGGUGUUCCUUUGGUGCGAUAAAUGCCUAAUGAAACUGGACUAAGUCUAGUUACCUAUACUCCUUUCUAACCAUGACCGCAACACUCCUUAUAGCAUUACCCCUGUGAUGAAACGCGUCUCCCUUCAUCAGGACACAUGCUUAUAAUAGAAUAAACAUUUAUUCAUUUCUUGAUUAACGAUAAAAGCCAAAGUUUUCUCGGCCGAAGUGAUUUCAAAGGCAAGAGCCAUCCUGUCUUCUGUAUUCCGUGCUGGAGGUCCAGGCAACUGGCAUAGGUACAGGUGCUUUCCUCCAUCAUUCUCCAACUUCUGACACAAUCUGUUUGCCUUUGUUUUACAUGAUAUACAAAACUUAGUCUUAACACAGCUUCAUGCCCGUGAUACCACAAUUUUAGGCAAUCAAGGGCAUUAAUGAAAACUGGUAACUGCAAGGAAUGAUUCCCCAGCUCACAGUUAAGGUUGCUAUGCCACACAAAAAAAAAUAAAAAAAAAAAAUCCCCUUUUAAUAUAACCUGCCUAAGUAAUAUAAGUUGAUAAAAAAAAACUAAUAAUUAUGUAUUUUCUAUUCACUGCUACUUUAAACAUCCCCCAUCAUUUUUAAACCCUUGGAAGUCAGUGGGUCUGAUUAGGGGAUGUACAUAAAGCCAAUGGCUUAUGUACAUCUCCAAUGGUGCGAUACAUGUGCUAGACCUGUUCUGUGAAUGUGCAAAACAGUUCCUGCCUUCUCGCUCGCAGGGCCCCAAGAAAUGGCCUGGUUGGCAGGCUGCGGGUGGAGCUGGCCAGUGUUCCCAGUGUCUCGUCCCUGUUUUCUGGGAGUUUCAAUGCCAGGCUCCAGUGUCUUUGUACAUAGAUUUCCUGGCCUCGGGAGUGUGAAUAGACCGGCCAUCCUGUCUAAUCUGAGGGUUACUCAUAUGGCCAAUGUACAUCCAAGCGAUCCAUGGCUGCGUCUUGUACCUUCCAGCUUCCACGCUGCUUGCUAGUACCUAUGAAAGGGUAUGUUGUAUCCAGUAAAAUACAUUGGAUCAGCCGGCUACGAAGCACUACAUUGUACUGAGUAUCCAGUAUGCACGCAGUUAUUUAAUGGUGGAAGAUUGCUAUUAUUUAGGAAUUGGCAGGCUUAAGAAGAUCGGAGACUGGACUUGCCUUAAAUCAAAAAUGUACACACUGUUAGGUUUGCCACUAUUAAAGUAUUUUCAGCUCUUCUGAUCUGAGGCAGCGUAACACUGGUUUAUAAGGACUCGUACACACAGCGAUAAUCCAUUCUAGCACAAGUCUGUAUAAGAGCUUGUUGUGCUAUUACUGAGAAUUAAUACUUCUGUAUGUUGAACUGAUCUGUGGUCUUAUUAUUUUCCACAUCCUCAGACUGAAAGCAUGUUUUGGGGUCUUUAAGGCUUUGAGUGCACAUUAAACGCACUACAAGAAAGCCUGUGUGUACGAGGCCUUACUGUGGCAGUGAGCCAUGAGAACGACAGAAAAACAACACAAACUUUAUUUACAGCCAUUCUGAACUGAUCUGCACAAUCUCCUUUAUGAAUGGGAGUUUUAGGCUGGGGAUUGUUUUAUGUUAUAACUUAAAACCAGUAUAUAAGGUAUACGGCAAUAUCUUAUUGGAUGAAUUUCCAGGUCUAAUGGUCUUUAAAUGGUGUACAUUUUUAAUUUGUAAAAUUUUUAUUGUACAUUUGAUUAUCAUGCUUAGUGUGAUUCAAACUGCUUGUAAUUUAAAACACUAUUUAAUAUUGAGAAUAAAAGUUAUAUAUUUAUA